AGUGUUGGUUAUGAAAUUGUGUUGCAAAAACAAAACAAUCCUUCCGCGGUGCAGUGGGGGUUCUCUUUUUGUGUAAAAAUUGUGUAAAAUUCACCACAAAUCUUUACAAAAAUGAUGCGCUACGAGGGAAACGAGGAGCUGGCCGAUAAGUCGGCCUGUGCCGGUGUACGCGCCGAUCUGAAGAUGUGCCUCCUGCAGAGUGACUGCUGCAAGAAGGAAAAGAAAACUCCCCGAGAAUGUCUGAACCGUACCGAUGGUUCCGUACCGAGCGAAUGCUUCGUGCUGCGGAACACCUUUUUCGAGUGCAAGCGCUCAAUGCUCGACAAUCGACAGCGAUUUCGCGGCAGGAAAGGUUACUAAAGCCAAGCGGCAGGCAAGCGGCCGUUUUUGUCGCCCGAGAAGAAAGUUAUGUUUUUAUUUCGUUCAAAACACCUCCCUAAAGCUUCAUGAGUUAGUGUAUAAAAUAUAGCAUUAAAAAAAGACAAA